GCAUAAGCGCAUAACCAUAAACAUAGAGAAAUUGAUUGGUCCACAAAAAUGUAUGCAUAAGAAAAUGAACCAAUCAAUUUCCUUAUGCUUAUUGUUGUGCGCUUAUGCAAAAGUGUGUGCUCCCCGCUUAAGAUUGUACAUGAUGAAAAGUCUGGCGGGAAAACAAAAUGGAAAUUGUUAAACGAAGUUCGAAGGAGAUAAUUUUAGAAAAGUUAUGGUAACAUAUGAUAUCCUCGGCCGACAAAAAGCCGACAUCGAAUAAAAUACGAUAAAAAUUUGCAAAACACUAAAAAUAAAAACAGAACAAUUAUCAUAUCGGAAAUCAAAUCGAUAAUGGAAAAUCACGGAACUAAUAUUGAUUCUCAACAUCUAAUACUUUUGGCAGAUUUAAUGAGUAGAGGAGAAGUACUUACACGAGGUUUAGAUGAAAGAAUCAAUCAAGAUAAAUCACUUUUAAAUUUGGAGACAGUGUAUGUUUGAUCUAAAUCUGUCCAAAUUUGCCUUAUAUUUGUACAUAUCUUCAUCAUCUCUUGUCUGAUUGGAAUAUAAUGUUUGAUAUGUAAAAAAAAGUAAUUUAAUUGUAUAAUUUGAAUAUUGAAGAAACUGAGUGAAUCGAAAUGGUAAACGAGAAAGAAUUUUGGACAGAGAUUCGAAAAGAUAUACCAAGAUAUAAAAAAAGGAAGCCACGAGUCGUUCCUGCUUUCACAAUACAAGCUUUGCAGGAAAAUACAGUCGUUGCAAAACCACCACGAUGCGGAUUGUACAAACCUCGUCCACCGAAACCGUCAACUUUUCGAAAAUUCUACAAACGUGGUGUGUUUCCCAUUUCCUUGGAAAAUGACGGCUACGAUCAGAAAAUUAAUUGGAAAGUAGAUAUAGAAGACUUGGACUUUCAUCAUUAUCUGCCAAUGUUUUUCGAUGGAUUAACAGAAACAGAACAUCCAUACAAAUUUCUAGUGGAGCAAGGAAUAUCAGAUAUGUUGGAACAUGGUGGCCCAAAAAUAUUACCCGUUGUUCCUCAACUAAUCAUACCUAUCAAGAAUGCUUUGAAUACAAGAAUGCCUGAGAUAAUUUGUACCACCAUGAAAGCACUUCAACGUUUAGUACGUUCAGCAGAUUGCGUUGGUGAAGCUUUAGUUCCGUAUUUUAGGCAAAUUUUACCUAUUCCUAAUUUACUCAAAGACAAAAAUGUAAAUCUUGGAGAAGGUAUUGAUUAUUCUCAACAAAGAGGAGAGAAUGCAGCGGAUAUUAUACAAGAAACGCUUGAAGUAUUGGAAAGAUAUGGUGGUGAAGAUGCUUUCAUAAAUAUCAAAUAUAUGGUUCCUACCUAUGAAUCUUGUAUAAUGAAUAAAUAAACAUCAAACAGAUUU